AGAUGCAAGAGUGCUCAUCGCGCAGCAGAACGAGUCGUCUGAUUAGUGUUGUAAUCGAUCAACGUCUUAGAAUUGACACCUGUCGAUAUCUAAUCGAGAUACUAUCUCGUCGCAUAACGGGCGAUUAACCAAAUCAAAACAGUUAACACUUAUCUGAGCCGCAAAUAAUUUUGGUUAGACCUGUUCCCACAUCUAUGGAGUUUCAUCUAGACAGUGCAGAAUACUGCCAGGCACAG